AUGGGCUCUCCUUCAGGGCACACAGGCCCACCAGGCUUAACUCAGGGUCCCAGCUUUCUGGCCAGCACUGCCCUACACAGCCAUUGGAACAGCACUCAGAAGGUGUCCACAAGAGCCCGGCUUCUGUCUGGGAGCCCUACGACAUCUGGACCUGAGGCUGCCGCCUGGGUCCCCUUCCCCACAGUCGAUGUCCCAGACCAUGCUCACUAUACCCUGGGUACGGUGAUCCUGCUGGUGGGGCUCACAGGGAUGCUGGGAAAUCUGACGGUCAUCUACACCUUCUGCAGGAACAGAGGCCUGCGGACACCGGCAAACAUGCUCAUCAUCAACCUUGCAGUCAGCGACUUCUUCAUGUCGCUCACUCAGGCCCCGGUCUUCUUUGCCAGCAGCCUGUACAAGAAGUGGCUCUUUGGGAAGACAGGUUGCGAGUUCUAUGCCUUCUGUGGGGCUGUCUUCGGCAUCACGUCCAUGAUCACCCUGACAGCCAUAGCCCUGGACCGCUAUCUGGUGAUCACACGUCCCCUGGCCACCAUUGGGAUGGGAUCCAAAAGACAAACGGCCCUUGUCCUGCUGGGUGUCUGGCUCUAUGCCCUGGCUUGGAGUCUGCCACCCUUCUUUGGCUGGAGCGCCUACGUGCCCGAGGGACUGCUGACUUCCUGCUCCUGGGACUACGUGACCUUCACGCCCCAGGUGCGCGCCUACACCAUGCUGCUCUUCUGCUUCGUGUUCUUCCUCCCCCUGCUCAUCAUCAUCGGCUGCUACAUCUUCAUCUUCAGGGCCAUCCGAGAGACGGGCCGGGCCUGUGAGGGCUGCGGUGAGUCCCCUCAACGGCGGCGGCAGUGGCACCGGCUGCAGAGUGAGUGGAAGAUGGCCAAGGUCGCACUGAUUGUCAUCCUCCUCUUCGUGCUCUCCUGGGCCCCCUACUCCACUGUGGCCCUGGUGGCUUUUGCUGGGUACUCUCACAUCCUGACGCCCUACAUGAGCUCAGUGCCAGCUGUCAUCGCCAAGGCUUCUGCCAUCCACAACCCCAUCAUUUAUGCCAUCACUCACCCCAAAUACAGGGCAGCAAUUGCCCAGCACCUGCCUUGCCUUGGGGUACUUCUUGGAGUGUCAAGCCAGCGCGGCCAUCCGUCCCUCAGCUACCGCUCCACCCAUCGCUCUACGCUGAGUAGCCAGUCCUCUGACCUCAGCUGGAUCGCUGGGCCAAAGCGACAAGAGUCCCUGGGUUCUGACAGUGAGGUGGGAUGGACAGACACAGAAGCAACAGCUGUGUGGGGAACUUCCCAGCCAGCAAGUGGGCAAUCCUCCUGCGGUCAAAACCUGGAAGAUAAGUCGGUCAAGGCUCCUUCCAGCCCCCAGACCAAGGGACAGCUCCCCAGCCUGGACCUCGGGAUGUAGGACGCCCUCUGCCCUCCUUUUCUUCUGCUACUCGUCCAGUCCGGUCACCUCCCUAGCACAAGCACGAACCCAGGCUUAUCUCUAAAGCCUGGAAGCUUUGCAAGUGUCACUGUCACCUGUGCUACCCUGGACUCACAGCUCCAGGGCCUUCCCACACCGUGAAACUCCGGCCUUGAAGCCUGCUCUGCACUCCUCAGCCGCUACCCUGGGCUCUGCCUGAAGCAUGGACCAGGCUCUCUCUCCUGCUUCACUCCAGCAGCCGCCGCCUCUCCUCAGACACUGUGUGCCCCGAUUGUCCAGGCGAUGACAAUGGCGAUGGCACUAGGGAACACAUCAUUUAUUUAUGAGUCGAGCAUCUUGGCUAGCGUUCGUGGCCAGGCUGGACAUCUCAUUGGUUCAGAAAGCUCUGCCCAGCAUCCCCCCGCUGCCAGUGAUAAACACAGACUUUACUUUGCACACCAGAAAUUCUUCUCCACCUCUAACUUCCCAUAGCAUUCACACGGUGGCCCAUACUCAUGUGUGCAUGGGCACUGGAGGGCACAGAGGUACCUAUCUGUAUGCACACGUAGCACAUGUAUGCACACCCUGCCCUGACUGACUGUUUUGUGCCAGUGGUCUAAGUUCCUUCCAGAUGUGGCUCUGACAGGGCACUGGAAAAUAA